AUGUUUAUUUUAUACUAUUUAUCUUUCAAAUAUAUUGAUGUGUUAAUAUUCUUGUUUCUUAUUUAUUUAGUAUUUCUAUUUUUCUUUUCUUAUUUCAAUUCUUAUUAUUAUACUUUACUUUUUAUUUAUAUUUAUUAUUUAUUACUGCUAUAUGUUAAUGAUUAUUUCUGUCUUUUACUUUCAUUUUUAUCUUAUAUAUCUCUUCUUCUUAUUUUUUUGAACUACUUCUUGUUUAUUACUCCCAUCAGAGUGUUGCUUGUGAUUGUAUUCUCACUUGUGCUUUCUGAACUACUCAUUUUAUUUUCUAUUCUUUUUUAUUUUUAUCCUUAUUUUCUUAUGUUUAUUCUUUCUUAUAAAUUUUACUAUUUGUUAAAUCUAUACCACCUGUUAAUUUGA